AUGUACAAUCAUUUUUAUCAAGAAAUAGCACUAUGGGGGGCGUGGCGAACCGCCGAGCAAGAUGGCCGCGUGAAUCUUUGCUCCGGCACAUGGGCUCCACAACAUCACCACAUUACAGGAACAGCACAAAUAGACCAGCGAAUUUCACCAGCGGACACGAGAUGUCACAAGCCAAGCCCAAGAAAUCUGCCAUUAAAGCGGACAAAAACAACUUUCGGCCAGAAAGGGCCGACGGCACCUGAUACACUGCGGCCGCCUAUGCAAGAUGGCGACGAAAAUUACAGCAUGGAGUACACUCCACAAACGGCAGAAACACCCUCCCCACAAGAUGGCCUCACAAGAGACUACUUUGAAAAAGCCAUGGAAGCCAUGGCAAAUAAGCUAAUACAUACCUGGCAAUCAACAGCGGACCAAAUUAAACAAGAGGUAAGGGAUCUCUCCUCCAGAACCUCACGGGUGGAACAACAGUGCCAAAACAUCACCUCACAGCAAUCUACAACAAAAGGCGUCCUAAACAACCUACAGAAGCAAAUGGAGGCGAUGGAAGCACGUAUGGCAGAUUAUGAGGACAGGGCAAGACGAAACAACCUGCGGCUACGAGGAGUUCCAGAGUCCGUCCUCCCAGAAGACCUACAGGUCUAUGUAAGAGGCCUCCUCAACACCUAUGCCCCGGGCAUACCGGCUGAUAUGCUCCUAGUGGAUAGGGUACACAGGGUGCCAAAGCCCAAGUACCUACCUGACGCCACCCCUAGAGACGUCCUCCUGCGGGCACACUAUUUCCACAUUAAAGAAGUAGUCCUAAAAACACACCGCAGCAAACCAACCCCGCACGAAAACUACCCCACGGUGCGCAUAAUGGCGGACCUCUCUGCAGCAACACUCAGACGACGACGGGAGUUCCAGCAAGUCACGGCUGCCCUUCAAAGGCAGGGGAUCCGCUUUAGAUGGGGCUACCCGACGAAAAUCAUUCUCACGCACCAAGGAGAAACGAAAUUCCUCUCCACCCCAGAAGAGGGCCUGCAAGCACUAACAGCCUGGGGAAUACCUACCUCAACAGAGAAAGGGACGCAACCCACCACGAGGCAAUCCCGCAGGACCCAGGAAGCCUAG